UCAUGCUGCUGCCAGGUCCAGAGUGUGUCAUGGGUCCCUGUACGGCCUCCCAUUGCUGCUGUCUCCAUCGCCACACUCUGCCAUGUGCCACUUUCAGGUCUCCUCACACUGCUGGUGGGUUCCAUUUUGUCAUAGGGUGCUGGCAGAUUACGGGCCUCCCAUUGCUGCUGCCAGGCCCGUAAUCUGUCAUGGGCCCCUGUACCGCCUCCUCAUGCUGCUGCCAGGUCCAGAGUGUGUCAUGGGUCCCUGUACGGCCUCCCAUUGCUGCUGUCUCCAUCGCCACACUCUGCCAUGUGCCACUUUCAGGUCUCCUCACACUGCUGGUGGGUUCCAUUUUUUCAUAGGGUGCUGUAUGGCCUCCCAUUGCUGCUGCCUCCACCGCCACACUGUGGCUCCACACUCUGGUUUUGGCCCCGUGACUGCCCAAAUGAGUGAAGUGUGUGGUGAUUCUAAGAUCGACGGCACUCAUCUGCAUGUCAUACUG